AUGGACUCCCUGACCAAAAAGACCCUCGAUGUUUCUCGCAACUUGACAUACACUUACUACCACCACCCACCAGCUCAGCCUGAGAACCCUACUGUUCUCUGUAUCCAUGGCUUCCCCGACGAGGCAGCGGAAUGGGCAGAUCUCGCGACCACCCAUCUCAUCCCAGCUGGCUACGGUGUCAUCGCAGUCGACUGUCUAGGCUACGCCGGCACCUCCAAGCCCCUAGACCCAGCUCUUUACGCCUUCGAGCACAUGACCAAGGACCUCUCCGAAAUCCUCGACAACGAGAAACUCGAGAAAGUCAUUUCUCUCGGCCACGACUGGGGCUGUGCUCUCGCCCAAAGAUUCUACAACUACUAUCCCGAACGCGUGCUGGGUCUCGUAAUGGUCAAUGUAUCCUACAAUGCCCCCGGCGAUCAACCCUUCAACCUCGGCGCCACAAACGAAAUGACCACAAAGUUCUUCGGCUACCCUGCUUUUGCAUACUGGUACCUGUUGUCCAGCCAAGACGGCUACAAGACCUUGGAUGCAAACAUCUCGGGCGUCUUUGAUGUGCUCCACGGCACUCCAGACUCCUGGUUACAGACAGUCUGCGCACCCGAUGGUCUCAAAAACUUUUUGACCGAGAACAAAUCUCAAGCUACCGAGUCUUACGCCACUGCACCAAUGAGAGAAGCAUUCAUCUCUCGCUUCUCCCGCGAUGGCUUCGCUGCACCAUCAUGUUGGUACAAGGCCACCGUGAACAACCACCAAAGCUUUGAAGCUGCAAAAGUAAAGAAGAGCGUUGUGGAAGUGCCUUCAUUGUUCGUCGGUUUCGCCAGCGAUAAAGUAUGCAGGCCAGAGGCAAUUGGAAUGGCGGUGAUGAAGGGGUUGUUGCCGAAACUCACGAAUGUUACACUGGAGGGUGGGCACUGGGGUUUACAUGCCAAUGCUGAUAAGUUUGGCAAGACUGUUGUGGAAUGGCUGAAGAAGGAGCUUUAG